UUUGUUCCAAGGAUUUGACAAAUUGCGUUUGCUUUUUCUAUGGCUAUGAUUAUCCUAUGAUGUAUUGAGGUUAUGUGUCUUAUAUAGUUGAAAUUGUGAUUUAUUCUUUCAGUUUUGUACUUAUUAAGAUUAUUAACAAAGACAUGGAUAUCCAAAAUAUUAAAGAAGAAAUUGAUAUCCAAAUUGUUAAAGAAGAAAUAGAUAUCCACAAUGAUAUUUUGUCGAAUAUCGAUAUGAAACAAGAAUUAAUUGACGAAAUAUCUACGAUAAAAAUUGAAAAUACAAGUGAACAAAUAAAUGAAAUUUGUUCAAUCAAACGAGAAGUGAAUGAUGACUUAAAUACAAUUAAAAUAUUUGAAAAUCGUUUGGAUGUAACUAGUAAAACAAAAAAGAAUAUUCUCAACACUCAAAUAAUAAGAAGUAAAUUUGCAUAUUUAAAUGUUGAUAGUGGAAAGCAAAUUAAAACAAAAGUUACAGGGCUGAUAAGAAAAGGCAAAUAUAUUCAACCAAAUGCUACGGGAUUAAAGAUAUGUGAAUAUUGUGGAAAAUUAUAUGCGAAAAAAAUAGAAUUAUUAUGCCACAUAGCAAUGAACCAUCGUAAAAAGCGAAACAAAUUAUAUAAUACUAAAAUUCACCGUAAUAGUAAAAAUUAUACAUGUAUUAUGGAAAAUAUUAAAGUAAAAGAUGAAAUUGAAGUAGUUGAACAUGAAUUGAAAGUGGAAUUGCAGGAAACCUCAAAUCUGUUGGAUGUUACUGAUAAUUUGAUCAAGCGUGUAUGUGAGGGUUCGAAAUCAUCUAUAGAAGGAGGUAUAUCAAAUAUGUAUUCGCAUGAUUACACAACAGCAAAACCAUUCAAAUGUGAUAUUUGUAUAAAACCAUUUGCGAGGAAAAAUGAUUUGAAAGUACAUUUGCGAAGUCAUACAGGAGAAAAACCAUUCAAAUGUGAUAUUUGUAUAAAACCAUUUGCGAGGAAAAAUGAUUUGAAGGUACAUUUGCGAAGCCAUACAGGAGAAAAACCUUUCAAGUGUGACAUUUGUUUAAAACCAUUUGCGAGGAAAAAUGAUUUGAAGACGCAUUUGCGAAGUCAUACAGGAGAAAAGCCAUUCGAAUGUGACAUUUGCUUGAAAACAUUUUCACAGAAAGUCAGUUUAAAGAAACAUUCACUGAUUCACACAGGGGAAAAACCAUUCAAAUGUGACUUUUGUUCAAAAUUUUUUACAGAAAAAACUUAUCUUAAAAUACAUUUGCGUGGUCACACAGGAGAAAUGCCAUUUAAAUGUGAGAUUUGUUUGAAACCAUUGCAUUGUAAAACUGAUUUAACUAAUCACAUGCGUAGUCACACGGGGGAAAAACCAUUCAAAUGUCACAUUUGUUGGAAACUAUUUUCUAAUAAAAGUAAUUUAGUCAAACAUGUGCGUAGUCACACGGGGGAAAAGCCUUAUAAAUGUGACAUUUGUCUGAAACCGUUUUCACAUAAAAGUAAUUUGAAUACACAUGUGCGUAGUCACACUGGAGAGAAGCCAUUCAAGUGUGACAUUUGCAAGAAAUAUUUUACGCAUAAAAGUAGUUUAAACAAUCAUUUGCGCAGUCACACAGGAGAAAAACCCUUCAAAUGUGACGUUUGUUUGAAACAAUUUUCUUCUAAAAAUUAUUUAAAUGUACAUAUGUCCAAUCACACGGGAGAAAAACCAUUCAAAUGUGACAUUUGUUUGAAACCAUUUUCUCAUAAAACUUAUCUAAAAGUACACGCGCGUAUUCACACGGGAGAAAUCCGUUCAAAUGUGACAUUAGAUUAAAAACAUUUUCUCGUGCAAGUGUUUCGAAUGUAUAUUUGCAUUGUUAUACGGGAAAAACCAUUUUCCCUUAAAGUGAUAUGGGUAGCACAUGUUCUCAGCCCCCCAGACUUUUUGAAAGCGACCCGCCAUCCAAGAAAACAAUUUUUUAUUCUUCCACAAACGAAUUCGUACUUGAUUGACUUUAAAUUAAAUAUUGUUUGAACAGAAGGGAGGACAACCCGUCCACUUGUCUUACUCCUGUGGUGAUAUCGAAGGUAUCUGAAUUCUUUUUCUAGUUUGACCUUUCCUUUUGAGCCUUUUUUAAAAGUCUUAUCUUUUCUGGUAUGUUAUUCUCUCUGAGCAUACUUUUGAUCUUAUUAGGCUAUCAUAAGCCUUCCUAAAGUCAAUAAAUAGUAAAUAUUGGUAUUGUUAAAUCCUUACAAAUUGCUUUUAAAUUUUGAUAUGUUAGUUCUGAAAUAAGCCAUUUCACAUUAUAAACAUUCUCCUGCUUUGUGUAUUGCUCUUUAGAUGAAAUCCUCAUUAAAGUUGACUUUGUAAAAUACUUUUGAUGGGUUUUUCUUAUUGUUACAAACAAGUUCGCGAAAUUGAUCCUUAAGCCGGACCUGUCCGGCUAUUAUCAUAAGUUAGUGUAGUGUAUAGUGAUUAAAUAAAUUAAAAACAUAAGAGACA